AUGUCGAUGGCAAACGCUUCAGACAACGCCUCAGAUUAUCGUUAUCGUCCGUAUUCGUACCUUCCUCAGCGUACAACAAAAAAGCUUAAAAAAACCGCGUAUAACACAAAGCUUGGAUUGACUCCUGAUGUUGUUGAGUCGGCAAAGAAAUCCUUGUUCGAAUUCGCCCAAAGGGAGGAGGAACGUAUGGAACCAGGAUCUAGUGAAGUCGUCGUUCAGGAAAACGUGCCACUUGACGACUUUCUGACUUACCGCAAAAGGGACGUGAGGCUUCCGGUUCGCGUAUAUCUAUGUAAUGGAAAAAUCAUAAUCAACGAAAUACCUACAGUGGUCCGCGCAGGGGUAUCAGCAUUGAUCAAGAUAUUGAUGGGUAACUGGAACCGUCGGGACUUGCUGUAUUUCGACGAUGCGACCAUGAUUCUGGGCCCAAACACUGCAAAGGAGCCUGAUUCAAUGGUCCGACUGUUACGGCGUCCUCGGCCUCCACCUGCACAAGCAAUGGAUAGACGUGGUACAGCAUACCCAACCAUGGUAAUCGAAAUUGUGCUGGCUGUUAAGUUAAAUGAGCCUUGUAGGGAUAAUACUAUCGCGAUAAUCAUUGCCCUGUACCUUCGUACGAGUCUGACACCACUGAUUCCAGUUGACAUCAGGUCUUUUGGGACAGCACCACCUUCACAUUCUCAUAAGAACUACGUCUCCAAUAUUAUGGGUGUUCCUCCUCAUCUCUUUACUGGUGUUGGACUUUCUGAUGCUAAUAAUAAUUCUUUCCCUCCUUGUGCAAGGGCUGGCAUUCCAGCCUACCAAAUGAACAUUCCAGCAACAGAACUCUUUGAUGGGGAUCCUACUGGUGUUCCCACAUCAGCAGUUGGUGGAUUCAACUUAGAUUUGUGGGAACUUCAAUUUGUAGCAUGGCAAGGAUUCAACUUACCAUAG